UUUUUGCCAUUAUUUCUGUCAGGACAUGCAUGACAUGAGAGACUGCUACGAUAGGUUACUUUCAGCUUCAGCAGCAACAGUGAAUAGCAUAUAUGAAUUUUCAGAAUCGUUGGAAGAGAUGGGUGAUUGUCUUCUUGAGAAAACGGCUCUCAGUGACGAUGAAGAAAGUGGAAAAGUUUUGUUGAUGCUGGGAAAAGUACAAUUUGAACUUCAGAAACUUGUUGAUGGUUAUCGCUCUCACGUAUUACAGACAAUCACAAUCCCAUCGGAGUCCCUUCUUAAUGAACUACAGAUAGUUGAGGAGAUGAAGAGGCGAUGUGAUGGGAAACGAGACAUGUAUGAAGAGAUGAUGAAGAAAUACAAAGUAAAAGGGAGGUCGAGAAAUAGUGAAGGAGAAUGCUUUUCUUCACGCGAAUUGCGAGUAGCUCGUGAUGAUUAUGAUGAGGAAGCAAACAUAUUUGUAUUCCGUAUGAAAUCUCUAAAGCAAGGACAAUCCCAUAGUCUUCUAACGCAGGCAGCUAGGCAUCAUGCUGCACAGUUAUCCUUCUUCAAGAAGGCUCUCAGUUCUCUGGAGGCAAUUGAGCCACAUGUCAAAUUGGUUUCUGAACGACACCACAUUGAGUACCAAUUUAGUGGACUAGAAGAUGAAAACGGGUCUAAUAUUGAUUAUGAUCAUGAUGAAAGUAAUGAUGAUGACAACGAUACUGAUGAUGGUACUGCAACUACUGAUGAUGGAGAAUUGAGCUUUGACUAUGGACAAAAUGAUCCAGUUGUAGAAGUCUCUACAUUAGCAUGCUCAAUGGAGGAAAAUUUAGAAAGAAAUCCCGGUCAAAAUUCUUUUUCCUUCCGCAGAGAGUUUAAGACAAUUAGCAAAUCAGCACCUCUCCUUCCUGAAAAGAAAUUCGAUCCAGCUGGGAGGCUGUCGCAGUUGCGGCCUUCACCAUCACACAAGUUCGCAUCAUAUGUGCUACCCACGCCAGUGGAGAUAAAGGACCCAGGUACUCGAAAAUCAGAUGCUGAAGCUCCUCAACCAAGACAAGCGAGAGUGAACUUGUGGCAUUCGUCCCCUUUGGUGCAUAACAAAUAUGAAAAGCUUGUGGCAAAUGAAAAAUUGUCCGGGCCUAUGAUCUUAGAUUCAGAAUCAGUGCUCAAAGAAAGCAACAUCAAUUCAAGAGGCAGUCAAUUGCCCCCUUCAUUCUCUGAUGGCCGCUCAUCAAAACAGUUUGAUCCAAGUGUUGCAUCUAAUACUAAGAAAGUCAAAAGACAAGCCUUUUCUGGUCCAUUAACAGGCCAGCCAUGGCCAAACUACCCAAAUUUCUGGUCAAGUGGUCCGAUUAUGUCAUCAGGUUAUCCUCCAUUUUCAGGGUCCCUCUUGCGCACUCCGUUACCUCGGCCCACGUCAACUCCCAAAUUGUCUUCAUGUGUUUCGCCUUCUUUUGUGUCAUCACCUAAAAUAAGUGAACUUCACGAGCUUCCUCUGCCUCCGGCUCAUUUAACAUCUAAGAGGCCAUCCAAUCUCGUUGCUCAUUCAGGUCCCUUGGUAUCUAAAGGUAAUGAGCUAUCUGUUUCAAACAUAUCGAUGAUGUCCACAGCAAAGUCUACACCUCCAAUGCCCGAAACAAUUUCUCGUAGUUAUUCUAUUCCUUCUGAAGGUCAAAUGGAAGUGGCACUGCGUGUUCCUUCAGAAGCUUCUCAAACUCUAGAGAUGGCUGAUGAGAUUUCUACACCACCUUUAACACCAACUUCCUUACCUAAUAACCGAUCACCAUCCCCUACAUCUGGAUGACAUCUUGGUCAGUUACACUAGAGGUAACUUUACAACUCGUUGUCUAAAUGAUGUCCAUUAAUCUUCUUUUUCAUUUUUAAGAUUAUAAAUUGCAAUUUGGUUAAAAAAGGCUGUUUCGGGCUGGGCAGCAUGCUUCUGGCUUUCCAUCCUGAGAAGUACAGUUCAACAUAUGGUCGUAGGAUAUCCUGUGUUUGGAUUUGAUCUUAAAUUGUGCAUGGGGUGGGUUGGCUUUGAAGCUGUGUUGCCAUUUUUGAGAUCUAGGUGUACUUUUUUUUCUUUAUUCUUUUUUUAAAUUUCAAAACGAACAUAUGGUAGUUGUAAUUUAUCGAGUUGAUAAUUCUUGCAAGUGUAUCCACAAUCUCUAAAAGUUCCACAAUGCAGAAGUCCUCUUGGUGUAAUCAUGAUUAACUAAAUAGUUUGUUGUCGCACUGCUUUCA